AUGGCGUUUUUAAAUGACAAGAUCACCGACAUCGGACUUCCAGCAGAAUUAACCUUAUUUACAGUCCCUCCCAAUCAAGUAGCUGUAGAAAAAAUCUAUUAUUCGGAAUGCAGACCUGUCAGCUCCUUCGAUUCCGAGGAUGCCCCCAUCGAAAUUUCUAUACCAGGACAGGGUAACGAGUACAUCGAUCUUAGACGCAGUCGACUGUAUGUGAAAUGUAAGAUCAUUAAAUCGGACGGGACUGCUCUCGCCGCCCAGGAAAAGACCGGAAUCAUCAAUGUACCUUUGCAAUCGAUGUGGUCACAGAUCGACAUAUACAUGAAUGGAAAACUCGUUUCCCUCAACACCAGUUACUAUCCUUGGAAAGCUUAUCUAAAACUCCUUAUGUCCAGUGGAGGCGAUGCCACGGAAUCUCAGUUACAGUCCCAGUUAUACUAUUUAGACGACGACGACAUGGAUAACCCUGACGCCUACGGGGGUUCUAACGGAGGACUGGCCAAUCGAUACGCAUUCACCCAGAAGAGCCAGGUUUUCGACAUGGAAGGUCCUUUAUAUGAGGACGUCUUUAGACUAGACAAAUACCUGGUCAAUGGUGUGGAUGUACAUCUUAAGUUUUUUAAGAAUUCUGCUCCCUUUGUGCUCAUGAGCAAAGAGACAAGUCCAAGUUACAAAUUGCAGUUGCUAGACGUUUCAUUUAAGGUCUGCAAGAUCAAAGUCGACAGUGGAGUACUGAUCAAUCAUGCCGAAAUAUUGAAGGACAAGACGGCCAAAUAUCCUCUGACCAGAACCGAAGUGAAAAUGAGUACCUGUCCCAAGGGAUCUGGCACGUUUAUCUGGCAAAACGUGUGGUCCAACACUCUACCGACCAAAGCUCUUUUCUGUUUCGUGUCACAGACGGCGGUAAAUGGGAACUACGAGAAAAAUCCCUACAACUUUCAGAAUCUGGCAGAGGAAAUAGCUCUCUACGUUAACGGCGAGAGCUUGCCUUCCAGACCCAUGAAAAUCGAUACAGGACUUAAUCAAAAUUACAUUUCGCCUUAUGUCAAUUUGUUUGAGGUGGCAGAGAAAUGGAAUAAAGAUGCAGGUCUACAGAUUAAAAGAUUCAUGUUUGGAAAAGGCUAUGCCAUUUAUGCUUUUAGCCUGGUCCCUGACGACCUGGGCGAGGAGUAUUUAAACCUGGUGAGGCAAGGGAACGUGAGAUUAGAGGUGAAGUUUGCUGCCGAUACAAUCGAAACACUAAAUUGCUUGGCUUACGCAGAGUUUCCGGCUCUCUUGGAAGUGGAUUAUUCCCGCGACAUCAAAUACACCAGAGUAUGA